AUGUCCAUGAAUAAGAAAAGAUCAUCAUUGUGUGAGAAGCUUAUGCAACUAAUGAGAAGCUUCUUCAAACUCUCAUCAUGUCCCCUAAAAGGAACUGAUGCUGGAUCAAGUAGUUCAGUACUUCCACCACCAAAUAGCCACCACCCGACAGUCAAACAACCCAAGGACCCGACCAGGAAACCACCAAAUAGCCGCCAUGCGGAUGGUUCAGAUGGAGGAGGGAGCUCUUCUUUCAUCAAGAUUCAGGGCAUCAACCACUCGGAUAUUGGAAUAGCAGAUGAUGCAAGUUGGUAUAGUGGUAUACAAUCGAGUGAGCUAAAGGCUUCGGUGACGAAUCUUGUGGCUUCAGAUUAUAUUCGGAGGUUCCAUGAGAGGAACAAACAUGAAUCUGUUUUGUUGGUGUUGCCGCCGCCGCCACCACCACCACCACCACCACAACAACCACCAACACCGCUGCCGCAACGCCAGUUUCUCGUGAAGUGA